AACCUUAUCUUAACUUAACCCGAGGUGUUAGUGAAGGCCAAAUAACUCGUUCCGAGUGUGAAGUUAAAGUAGUAGCCCAGUUAAAGAAAUUACUCCCGGAAAUCUCAGAGCGACGAUUAGAACACCGAGCCGAAGAAUUAAUUAAAGAAUACAAGAAUGGUCAAUUAGAAACUUAUGGAGUGGAGCGAGCCCGAGAGUUAAGCCAAGUUAUUUUAAACGGGG